AUGAGCCCUCGGAAAACACUGCCCCUUAGUGUUUCCGCCGACGCCUGGCGUGAAGGCGCGCACCUUUCGUCUUCCGCGCACCGCAGGGGCGCCCUCAGAGAGCCUCCCCCGGCCCUGGGGCGCUCGCCGCCGCUCCCUCAUCCAACACACAAGGUGCCGGCGGGCGCCCGAGCGCCGGGGAGCGGGCGGAGCGGGUGCAGACCCUGGUCCCUCCAAGGCGUCCCCGCUGGACGCAGCCUGCCUUCCCGAGGCCCCUGCCGGGACAGCCCCAGGAGGACGCCCCGCCGCCCCUCAGCCCCCGCCGCCCCUCAGCCCCCGCCGCCCCUCAGCCCCCGCCUCACCUCCGCCACUCACCGCUCCUCCGGGCGCUCCUCGGACCACUACGCGACUAGGCGCCCGGGGUCCACUCGCACCGCUCCCUGCGGCCCCGCCCGCCGAAGCCCCCUCGGCCAAUGGGCGCCAGGCGCGGAGGGCACCACCUAUGGGAAGGCCGUAAGUCUUCCGGGGGGCGGGCAGAGCCUCGCCCCGCCCCGCCCCGCCCCGCCCCCGCUCGCCCCGGCGCUUCCGGGGCAGAAGCCUGUAGGCCGACUUUCGUCAGCUGGGAUUGGCGGGUGGCGGCUCGCGGCCUGCGGGUUGGUGGCCGCGGGUGGGCCGACUCCGCGCGAGGUGUGA